UUCCACCGGUCCACGUCGAAAUCCAAAACCCGCGGUUCCCGUUGCCGAGAAGAGAAGGAUAGCAUCUGGAGCACUUCCGCGCUCGUUCUCACCCCCGAAUCUUCCCUUCUUCCUUCCUUCAUGGUAGAUCUGCUUGGAGCUAAUGGCGGAGGAGAGCGAUAUUUACCCGGAAAUCGAAGCCCAAGAAUCCCAGCAAUCGGAACCCGCGGCAGGUUCCGAGCUCCCGAGGCCAGCGUCAUCGGUGACUGAAGCUAGGGUUUCCGCUCCUCUCGCUCACGAGGUUUCCCCUUCUUCUCCCCAGCUGGAGGAUUUUGAUUUGGAUGAGGAGAAGAAGAGUAACAACUUUCCUGAAGUGAUCGAUGACUCAAGUCCAGAAAUGGCUCAGGCGCCGAAAUGCAAUAUAGACUCAGCUCCUCAAGUUUCUGGAGAUCGGAAGUUAGGACGAUACUUUUACUAUGACUCCCCUCUCUAUGAAGAGACUGGUUUUUGGAUACCAGUUUCAGUCCCACCCAUGUCGGAAAUUGAUCGUGAGGCAUGGAAUAGGGGAUUCGGUUCCAAUGGGGCAUACUUCCCUGAUGGUGAUAUUAGUUGGGACCACUUUGCUGGAGAAAAGAAGGAGAUGACCAUGUGGGAUGUGGUCUCUGAGAUGCUACUUGCAGCCAGAGGCAAAAUGAAGGCCCUUCAAUCAGGUGAGCUUCAGAAAUGCAGGAUGUCUUCUAUAUCAACUGACAUACUUGAGCAAGCUUGGAAGGAGAUGGCACAUACUCUCACGGAGACUAAUUUCGGGAAUGUAAAGGAUAUUCUCGAUGCGGAGCCACCCAAGUGGUUGCCUGAUAGUGCAGCAUCUGCUUGCAUGCUCUGUAAUGUCCGGUUUCAUCCAAUCAUGUGCUCUCGGCACCACUGCCGGUUUUGUGGUGGGAUCUUCUGUGAUGACUGUUCAAAAGGCAGGAGCUUGUUGCCUUCAAAAUUUCGAACGGCGGAACUACAGAGGGUCUGUGAUGUGUGCUGUGUGCGGCUCGAGUCUGUUCGGCCUUAUUUGAUGGAUCAGGUUAGUUAUGCCUCACAGUUGCCGACCCAUGAUCUGACAGAUCUCAGCACCUUAAGGUCAUGGUUGAACUUCCCAUGGGGACAGACAAUGGAGGAUGAGAUUUACAAAGCAGCAAAUAUAAUUCAUGAUUACAACAAGGUUGGUUCAUUGAGACCUGAGAAGUCCAUUCCCAGAGCUAUUCUAAGAGAAGCAAAAGGCCUUGCAAUACUUACUGUUAUAAAGGUUGGAGUAAUGGUUACUUAUAAUAUUGGGACUGGGUUGGUCAUUGCUCGUAGGGAAGAUGGUUCAUGGUCUCCACCAUCUGCCAUUUCUUCAUUUGGUGUUGGAUGGGGAGCUCAGGCUGGUGGGGAGUUAACUGAUUUUAUAGUUGUGCUGAGGACGGAGGAUGCUGUUAAGACAUUUAGUGGGAAAGCACAUGUAUCACUUGGUGCUGGUGUUAGUGCAGCUGCUGGCAUUGUUGGGCGAGCAGCUGAGGCCAAUUUACGUACUGGUGAUGGUGGUUAUGCUGCUUGUUACACAUACAGUUGCAGCAAAGGUGCAUUUGUAGGAUGCUCGCUUGAAGGAGGUAUGGUGACAACCCGCACUUCAGAAAAUUGCCGUUUCUAUGGUUCAUCAAUCAAGGCAGCUGAUAUACUUCUUGGCUCAUUGCCUAAGCCACCUGCUGCAGCUGUUCUUUAUCACGCAUUAUCCGAUCUAUUCCAGAAGCUAAACGAAUGACCAGUCAGCUUCAGAAUUGGGUUCAUUCAUAUACUUAAAAGGAAGAGAUAGAUAGAGAGAGAGAGAGCUGUGUUGCCUUUAAGAUCUUGGUGCUGGGUUUUGGUUCAGUGGCACAUGCUCAAUCUCCGCCCAGACUCACUUCGCACUGUCCGCAGUUUCUAGUGCGCGAAUGAUUGUACAGCUAAAACUUCAGAAGUCGAUUCAUUUAUAGAUGGAAACGUUUGGGAAUUGGCAGAACGGCUCUCUUGUCUGUGACUUGAAUAUUUUGUACAGACCUGCUGGACUGAGGAAUAUUUUGUACAUAGGACUGUUGCUUUGAAUUCCAUUAUAUGCUACACCUUGUUUUCAUUA